CGAUGCUGGGAGCUGUUACCGCUGUUAGUAGUCGCUCAGUGCUUACGGCAAGUCGGAGUUGAAGCAGCGGUUUUUCCCGUACCCCGACCGCUUUGUCGCUCUCGAUGGUGUAAGACUUUCGGCGUGUUACAAACAAGAAAAGAGAAAAAUAAAACAGGCCUUGUACAAAUAGUAGAUAUUAAGAAGUGUCGGUUGUGAAGGAAAAUCAAGGUCGGACGGGGGGGGAUUUCGGAAUAUCGCGAGAAAGGCGCGCGUGUGUGUGUUAAGAAGAAAGGAAAACUAGAAGCAUAUAAAUUUAAAAAUCACAAGACGCUCGAGACGCAUCGCUAGCGCGUUUUCUACCUGCAACGUUGCGAUAGCGGGGAACCUUUUUCACCCGUAACGAUUCGAUUGCCGCGGGGUGUUUUACGUACCGCCUGUUGUUGUAACGACCGAAUCGCAGAAAGGCGAGGAGAGCUUUCGUCCCACGCUCAUUUAACCGGACCUCUGGUGUUUUACCCAGCUCCUUAGCCGGGCUGAGAGAGCGGUUGAAAAGAAAAUAACGGGGAUAGAGAGAGAGAGAGAGAAGAGGAAAAAAGGAGAAGCAACGAGAGGAAGACUCGCCGGCUGAGUCAUCGGGACAAAGAACAGCAUAAACCAGCUGAUAGAAGAAGAAAAGGGGUCGGUUGGUAGAGAGUGCGGCUGUCCGAGGAACGUAGCAUGAAAAUAUGGAUUUUAAAAGCCUGGUGUAUCACGCAGCGAGAGACGGAAAGCUCAAACGUCUGAAGGUCUUUUUGGAGCUCCGUGGUAAAGAUGAGGUAGGGCAGCUAGUUGGCGCCAAAACCCAUGGCGCCACUCCGCUGGUUAUGGCUUGCAGAAAUGGUCACUACGACGUCGCUGAGUACCUCAUUGAAAAGUGUGACGCAGACAUCGAGCAGCCUGGAUCAGUAGUAUUUGAUGGCGAGACAAUAGAAGGCGCACCGCCCUUGUGGUGCGCAGCUGCUGCAGGCCAUUCCGCAUUGGUAAAGUUACUCGUAAGAAGCGGCGCUCAAGUUAAUUCUACUACAAAAACUAAUUCCACCCCCCUAAGAGCCGCGUGCUUUGAUGGACACUAUGCCAUCGUUCAAUACCUGGUGCAGAAUGGCGCAGAUAUAGAAGUCGCGAACAGACAUGGUCACACGUGCCUAAUGAUCGCGUGCUACAAAGGGCACAUCAGAAUUGCCAAGUACCUUCUUGCCAUGAACGCUGACGCGAAUCGAAAAUCCGUCAAGGGGAAUACAGCGCUUCACGAUUGCGCUGAGAGCGGAUCUUUAGAAAUAUUGAAAAUGCUAGUGGAACACGGGGCUCGGAUGGAUGUGGAUUCGUACGGAAUGACACCUUUGCUCGCAGCGGCCGUUACAGGUCAUACACACAUAGUCGAGCAUCUGAUUGGAAUGCGACACCUGGUUGGCCGUAAGGAGAGAAUAGACGUUUUAGAACUACUCGGCGCUACCUAUGUCGAUAAAAAAAGGGACAUGAUCGGAGCGAUGGAACUUUGGAGAAGAGCGAUGGAGGAAAGGUACUCGGAAGUUCCGAUCAUGCCGAAGCCAGCACCACCACCUGCCGUAGCGGCGUACGAUUUUGCGCGUGAAAUAACUGACCCUGAAGCACUGGACGAACUGCUGGCUGAUCCAGAUGAAACGCGAAUGCAGGCAUUGGUAAUCAGGGAACGAAUAUUGGGUCCGGCUCAUCCAGACACCAGUUAUUACAUAAGAUACCGAGGUGCGAUCUACGCCGACGCUGGAAAGUUCGGACGUUGCAUAGAGCUUUGGAAUUACGCAUUAGAUAUGCAGCGGAGUAUCCUCGAACCAUUGAAUCCCAUGACCCAAAGCUCUCUCUUCAGUUUCACGGAGCUUUUUAGUUUCAUGAUAGGCGAGGAGGGCAGACCGACGAGCAGAGGUCGCAGAGUUCCUCCCGUAGAACGAAACGAACUUGUCAGAGUGUUCAAUAAAGCGGUUUUUGAAGUCAAACUGGGAAAACAGAUGUUGGAUAAAGUACCAGCGUGCGAGCGUGACCUGAGUUUUCUGAAUCGAGUUCUUGUCAUCACAUUACACCUGGCUUGUUUGCUAACCCACAAAACACCCCCACCAGAUACAGAAGCCCACAGAGAGCUGCACGAAGCUAUAUACGACUUGGUCAGAAUAAACGCAAAGGGUAAACAGGGCAGAGACGCCUUGCAGCUGGCAUGCAGCAGGGACGCGACGGUGAUCGCAAGGUACCGAGCUUGCGAAUUUCCAUCUCCACAUUUGGCAAAAGCCCUGAUAACGACAGGCGCCGAUGUUAUGGCUCGCGAUGCCGACGGAAAUACGGCGCUCCAUCUUGCCGCGUUGUCUCAUCCGUGCCCACCAGCGUUGGCGAAGACGUUACUUGACGCCGGUGCUCAUUUGGAUGCUGUGAAUGGUGAAGGAAAGACUUUCGAGAUGUUGUUGAAAGAUCAAACUAUUUACGAUGUUGUAGAACCGCUCAAGUACACAACACUCGCGUGUUUAGCGGCCAGAGUUAUAAGACGGACCCAUAAAAGUCCCGAAGUACCUAGACACUUACAGGCUUUUGUCGCGAUGCACUAACAAAUAGAAAUACCAUAGAAGUUGUCUCGUUAAAAUGUGCUAAAAACUGUUUACAACGAUCUGUUUCGAGAGACUAGAAUUGUACUGGGAAGAAAUCUACGAAUUAUUUGAUAGUGAUCCUAGGAAAAUGAAAACCAUAUAUUUUGGCUAAUCAAGAGUAAACAACAGUAGUUCAAAUAAUCAACAGUCCGUUAUCGCAGAAACGCGCAGUUAUUGUUCUGGGUGGUGUUAUCAGUCAGAUAUACAGCUGAUUACAUGUCAGUUAGCAGGUGUAACGUUCUACUCAACCAGACGAGACAAUUUCUCUGGUAUAAGCAUUGAGGCACUAUCGACUACUUGAUUCCUUACCCUGGGAGAUCGUAAUUGCAUAAAGAAAAGCAGAGGGCUGUACUGAGAAAUCCGUCGAAUAAAUACAAACUUUUUAGUAUGGUAAGCUUGGAAACUCGCAAUAUUUGCUUAUACAUGAAACCCUACACACGCCAUACUAUGAAUCUACAUUACUAUUGUCAUUAUUUGAAAAUAGGAUACAGAAACAAAAAAAUCAAAUUUAUAGUUGCUUGAUCGAAGUAUCACCUGUUUGAAGGUGUAUCGCGUGUGAAUAAAUAUAAUAAUGCAUUACUUAACAUGGUUUUAGUGGUAUUUCUGGCAUUGCUAUGACACGAUUAUACGUUAUUUGUAGAUCUGAAUGACACAUCAGUUUAUACAAUAUAUCGUUGGGUUAUAGAAUACAAAUUAAUAUUUACUAAAUAACCAAUAAGUCGGGCGAGAUGAUCGAAUAAUGUGCAACGGAACCUUCAGCCUUGCCCAACACGGUUACUUUCAUUUUCAAUUGUGAUAAAAUAAAAUAUAUAUAUACAUACUAUAAAUAUAAAAUAUUGUUUUUUAAUAUAAAGACUGUUUGAAAAUACAAACGUGUUAAGAGAA